AUGAACCCAGAACAACUUCUCCAUCAACUCCAACAUCUCCCACUCUUCACGACACACCAGUUGAUCAUCCUAGCCACAGCAGCCUCCCUCUUUCUGUACCACACAUACAGAAGGAGAGUAGCAGGAUUCUACCUGCUCGAUUUCUCAUGCUACCGGCCAUCACCUGGACACCGAGCCCCCAUGGCCUUCUACCACGAGCGACUCCAUCUCGAGAACAUCCACCCCGAUGCCACAUCGUUCCAGCUCAAAAUCCUGGAGAAAUCCGGGUUCGGGGAGCAGACUGGGAUCCCGGAAUCCCUUGCUCGGACACCCAUACAAAACGGAGUCUCCUUCAGCACCGAGGAAGCUUCGACCAUCAUGUUCCAAGUAGUCUCGAAUCUCCUAAAAAGAACCGACACAAAUCCAAAAGGGAUCGACGUGCUGAUAUGCAACAGCUCCAUGUUUGCUCCCACACCGUCACUAUCUUCCAUGGUGGUGAGCAAGUUCAGAAUGAGGAGCAACAUCAAGACAUACAACUUAUCAGGUAUGGGAUGCAGUGCUGGGAUUAUAUCAGUAGGGCUGGCAAGAGACUUGCUGAAAGUGAACCCUGGCUCUUUGGCGCUCAUAGUGAGCACCGAGAUGCUAGGGCUGAACUGGUACACUGGUGAGAACAAGUCGAUGCUGCUGACUAACUGCCUGUUCCGAAUGGGGGGAGCUGCUGUACUUAUGUCUAAUAGAAAGCAAGACCAGGGGAUAACAAAGUAUGAACUCCAACAUCUAGUUCGAACACAUAGAGGAAAGGAUGACAACUCUUAUAGCUGUGUUUUUCAAGAUGUGGAUGAUGAUAAGAAACUAGGAGUGUCCAUAUCGAAAGAGAUAUUACAUGUAGCUGGAGGGGCACUAAAGGCAAAUGUUGCAACACUAGGACCAAUGGUGCUGCCACAUUCAGAGCAACUACGCUAUCUGGUGUCACUAAUUGGAAGAAAGGGAAGCAUAUAUGUGCCCAAGUUCAAAAGGGCAUUUCAACACUUCUGCAUACAUGCUGGUGGCAAAGCAGUUAUUCAAGCUAUACAGAAAAACCUAAAGCUGAACGAUGAGGAUGUAGAACCUUCCAAGAUGACACUCUACAGAUUUGGAAACACUUCAUCAUCUUCUAUAUGGUAUGAGUUAAGCUAUGUCGAAGCUAAAGGGAAGAUGCGGAAAGGUGACCAUGUUUGGCAAAUAGCUUUUGGGAGUGGGUUCAAGUGUUGCAGUGCUGUAUGGAAAUGCAAUCAAAGUAGGGUCAUUACUCGAGACAAUGCAUGGGUAGAUGACAUUCAUUUGUAUCCGGUAGCAAUACCAGCUACAGCGAAAAUCAGCGAAAGCUAA